CUUUAAACCUUGUCUCUAUUUUUUUGUUAAGAGUGUUGUUACGCGAGCUGUCAAAGUACAAGGCACCUAAAGGGGGUGUGCGUGGCGAUGCAAGAAUCCGCCAGCGAAGAUAACUUCCGCUAUCUGUUGUGGGGAGUCGGAGCAUUGGUUUUUAAGCAAUACAGGGAGCUCUCACCGCAAGCAAAAGCAGAGGAGAGCAAAGGGCAAUGUCCAGCGUGAGAAUACCUCCCACAGCUUCGGCUGUUUCGUCCACCAUCAAACACCUGGGUUACAAUCCCAGAUUUUUCACAAGCCAUGGAGGAGCAAAAGGAGUAAAAAGAGUAGGAGGAGAGAGAAGAAAGUACAGUAUUACAAUGUCUUCUCCUCUCGAAGUCUGCGUCAAGGCUUCCGUCAUAAUCCCCAACAAGCUCGGUGACUGUCCCUUCUCACAAAGGAUUCUGCUGACUCUCGAGGAAAAACAUCUCCCUUAUGAAAUGAAGUUGGUAGAUUUGACUAACAAGCCAGAAUGGUUCUUAAAAAUCAGUCCAGGCGGUACAGUUCCUGUUAUGAAACUUGAUGAAAAAUGGAUAGCCGACUCAGAUGUGAUUGCUCAGUCCUUGGAAGAAAAGUACCCAGAUCCCCCUUUGGGAACCCCACCUGAGAAGGCUUCAGUUGGGUCUAAGAUCUUCCCUGCAUUUAUUGGUUUCCUUAAAAGCAAAGACCCCAGUGAUGGGACAGAGCAGACAUUACUGAACGAGCUAGCUUCUUUUGAUGAUUAUAUAAAAGAAAAUGGCCCUUUUAUCAAUGGGAAAGACAUAUCUGCUGUUGACUUGUCUCUUGGACCAAAACUAUACCAUCUAGAGAUUGCUUUGGGGCAUUACAAGAAGUGGACGGUUCCAGAUUCUCUUCCCUUUGUGAAGUCUUACAUGAAGAAUAUCUUCUCCAUGGAGUCUUUUGUCAAGACCCGAGGUCUUCCAGAGGAUGUUAUUGCUGGAUGGCGUCCAAAGGUGAUGAGUUAAAGCAGUUUGGAGCUAUCAUUUUCCUUGCUUACCCUUCUGUUCACUAUUUCAAAAAAUGGAUUUCAUAAUAGGAUAGUCCUACAGAUCAUAUCUAAACUCAAAUGUCUCCCAAUAUGGCUUUGCUGGUCACAAGGCCUUUGUGUCGGGGCGUGUGAUGAUUCCAAUGGUUCUUGAUAUCUCAAUUCCAUCUGUUUUCUUCAUGAUAAAAUAAGAAA